UGUUCAAUCGUUUUUGUAAUUCCGUGCAAUUUGGACGUGUUUUUGGAGCUGCUCCUGCUGCGCUGCUGAACGGUGUAUGUGUGUGUGACUGUGUGUGCUGUCUCUCGCUGGCUGUGUUAGUGUUUUAAAUAAGUUUCCUUUAACAAAUUACAAAAGAUAAUCGACGAAUUUCUCUCUCGCUCGCUUUGCUAAUUCUCUUGGUGGCGUGUACAACAAAGUGAACAAAAGUAACGCGUGUGUAAAAAACGUAUAGUUUAAAUAAAAACCCACCACCCACACAAACAAAAAACAGCAACAACAAAACUACAAUAUGAGCUGGCAAGAUUAUGUUGAUAACCAACUUCUGGCCUCCCAAUGCGUAACCAAGGCGUGCAUUGCCGGACACGACGGCAACGUUUGGGCGCAGUCCAGCGGCUUUGAGGUUACAAAGGAGGAGCUGGCCAAAUUGAUUAGCGGAUUUGAACAGCAGGACAUCCUUACCAGCAACGGUGUUACAUUAGCCGGCCAACGGUACAUUUACCUCUCAGGCACAGACCGUGUGGUGCGCGCCAAACUGGGCCGAAGCGGUGUGCACUGCAUGAAGACGACACAAGCCGUCAUCGUUUCCAUUUAUGAGGAUCCUGUACAGCCCCAGCAGGCCGCUUCCGUGGUAGAAAAGCUUGGAGAUUAUCUGAUUACCUGCGGGUACUAGAAAAUAAAAGUUUACACAACAACAACCACACCAUCAACAACAACAACAUGCACACCAACAAGACAGCAAACAAGAAUUCGAUAAGCAACCGUAAAUGAACUACAAAAUAUAUAUUUAAAAAAAAAAAAAGUAAUUAAUAAUAUUUAAAUUUAUGCCAAGAAUCAUUUUGCGGUAAUUGUGGUCAAGACACGAAUUAUAAAAUGCUAUGUCAGAAAGAAAGAAAAACAAAAAAAACAAACGUAAGAAA